UUUUCAGUUGAAGUAAUGCGUAUUUGCCUUUCUUUCCAUAGGUGCAAAAAACUUUUGAGUAAGAAAAAGCUAAAACGGAAGCAGAAAAGUAAAUUGAAAAUGAGAACACGGAACAAGAGUGAAAGCCUGGAUAGUAUGGUGUCCAUACCAGAUAUCAAGCUUCACAGCAACCCUUCAGCUUUCAACGUGUACUGCAACGUGCGCCAUUGUGUCUUGGAAUGGCAGAAAAGAGAGACCUCUGUGGCUUUGGCGUCCAAACACACCGUGCAGAGUGGCGAUUCAGACAGCGAGGAGGAGGAGGAAGUGAAAGAGCCCCCCAUUAAGCUUCCAAAGAUCAUAGAAGUUGGAUUAUGUGAAGUGUUUGAACUAAUUAAAGAGACAAGGUUUUCUCACCCCUCUCUCUGCCUGAGAAGUUUGCAGGCUCUUCUCAAUGUUCUUCAAGGGCAGCAACCAGAAGGCCUCCAGUCAGAACCUCCUGAAGUUCUAGAGUCUCUGUUCCAGCUCCUGCUUGAAAUCACCGUUCGGAGCGCCGGGAUGAAUGACAGCCCUGGCCAGUCGCUGACCGCCCUUUCCUGUGCUUGCCUCUUCAGUCUCGUAGCUGCCUGGGGAGAAACUGGACGGACGCUUCAGGCAGUCUCAGCUAUCCUUACCAACAAUGGGAGUCAUGCGUGUCAGACCAUCCAGGUACCAGCUAUCUUAAAUUCCCUUCAGAGGAGCGUGCAGGCAGUUUUGGUAGGCAAAAUACAAAUCCAGGAUUGGUUCAGCAGUGGGAUUAAGAAAGCAGCCCUAAUGCACAAAUGGUCAUUGAAGGACGUUUCGGUAGAUGAAGACGACCCAACUCUGCUGCAGAGUGACGGCUACUUUUUGUAUCUGUUAUGCAAAGAUGGACUGUACAAAGUUGGUUCUGGAUACAGUGGAACAGUCAGGGGCCAUAUAUACAAUUCCACAUCUCGCAUCAAAAACAGAAAAGAGAAGAAAUCAUGGCUGGGUUAUGCUCAGGGCUAUUUGUUGUACCGGGACAUAAACAAUCACAGCAGGACGGCCAUAAGGAUAAAUCCUGAAUCUUUGGAACAGGAUGGAAUAGUAACACUGCCAGACUGUCAGAUGGAAGGACAGCACAUCCUUUUCACUGAUGGAGAGUAUAUUAAUCAGAUAGCAGCUUCUAGAGAUGAUGGCUUUGUAGUUCGAAUAUUUGCAACAAGUACGGAACCUGUAUUACAGCAAGAACUUCAGCUAAAACUUGCCAGAAAAUGCUUACAUGCGUGUGGUAUCUCACUGUUUGAUCUGGAAAAAGAUUUGCACAUUAUUAGUACAGGGUUUGACGAAGAGUCGGCCGUUCUUGGUGCAGGAAGAGAAUUUGCACUAAUGAAAACAGCUAGUGGCAAGAUUUAUUACACUGGCAAAUACCAGAGUCUUGGAAUCAAGCAAGGUGGUCCUUCAGCAGGGAAAUGGGUGGAGUUGCCUAUUACCAAAUCUCCAAAGAUUGUUCAGUUCUCAGUGGGGCAUGAUGGCUCCCAUGCCUUACUUGUUGCAGAAGAUGGAAGCGUAUUUUUCACAGGCUCAGCUAGUAAAGGGGAAGAUGGAGAAUCAACCAAAAGCAGGCGGCAAUCUAAACCAUAUAAGCCAAAAAAAAUCAUCAAAAUGGAAGGAAAAAUUGUAGUGUAUACUGCGUGCAAUAAUGGAAGUAGUUCAGUCAUUUCAAAAGAUGGAGAACUGUACAUGUUUGGGAAAGAUGCUAUUUACUCUGAUAGUACAAGCUUAAUAACAGACUUGAAAGGCCACUUUGCAACACAAGUAGCCAUGGGCAAAGCUCACACUUGUGUGUUAAUGAAGAAUGGAGAGGUUUGGACCUUUGGGGUGAAUAACAAAGGGCAGUGUGGACGAGAUACUGGGUCCAUGAGCCAUGGGGGGAAAGGUUUUGGAGUUGAGAACAUGGCCACAGCCAUGGAUGAAGAUUUAGAAGAGGAGCUGGACGAAAAAGAUGAGAAGUCCAUGAUGUGCCUGCCAGGAAUGCACAAGUGGAAGCUGGAGCAGUGCAUGGUGUGCACCGUUUGCGGAGACUGCACGGGCUACGGGGCCAGCUGUGUGAGCAGCGGGCGGCCGGACAGGGUGCCGGGAGGGAUCUGUGGCUGUGGCUCUGGGGAAUCUGGCUGUGCUGUGUGUGGCUGUUGCAAAGCCUGCGCCAGAGAGCUGGACGGGCAGGAGGCCCGGCAGAGAGGGAUCCUUGACGCCGUCAAAGAGAUGAUACCCCUGGACCUUCUGCUGGCUGUCCCUGUGCCCGGAGUUAACCUUGAAGAACAUCUCCAGUUAAGACAAGAAGAAAAGAGGCAGCGUGUGAAUAGAAGGCACAGACUGGAGGAAGGGAGAGAUGGAAGUGGAGAUAGGAGUGAGAAAGAUGCCAGCAAAAUAACCACCUAUCCUCCGGGGACUGUCCACUUCGACUGUGAUCUCCGAGCUGUACAAAUUAGUUGUGGAUUUCAUCACUCAGUUGUUCUAAUGGAGAACGGUGAUGUUUACACAUUUGGAUACGGGCAGCACGGGCAGCUGGGGCACGGAGAUGUUAAUUCUAGGGGAUGUCCCACGCUAGUGCAAGCCCUGCCAGGACCCAGCACCCAGGUCACCGCAGGCAGCAACCACACAGCCGUUCUGCUGAUGGAUGGACAGGUCUUUACCUUUGGAAGUUUCUCCAAAGGGCAGCUUGGUAGACCUAUCCUGGAUAUUCCUUACUGGAACGCAAAGCCUGCCGCGGUGCCUAACGUUGGCUCUAAGUAUGGACGCAAGGCUACCUGGGUUGGAGCAAGCGGGGACCAGACUUUUCUUCGGAUUGACGAAGCUCUUAUCAACUCUCACGUGCUUGCCACCUCGGAGAUUUUUGCCAGCCAGCAUAUCAUAGGCUUGAUACCUGCAUCCAUAUCAGAGCCCCCUCCAUUUAAGUGUCUUUUGAUAAAUAAAGUUGAUGGAAGUUGUAAAACAUUUAAUGAUUCUGAACAGGAGGACCUUCAGGGGUUUGGCGUAUGUCUAGAUCCUGUUUAUGAUGUUAUUUGGCGGUUUCGACCAAAUACAAGAGAAUUGUGGAGUUACAACUCAGUUGUGGCUGAUUCCAGACUUCCUUCUGCUCCGGACACACAGUCCCGCUGCAGCAUUCUCAGCCCAGAACUGGCUCUUCCAACAGGGUCCAAAGCUCUUACCACAAGAUCACACGCAGCUUUGCACAUGCUCGGUUGUCUUGACACGUUGGCUGCCAUGCAGGACUUAAAAAUGGGUGUGAUGAAUACAGAAGAGGAGAGUCACGCUGUGAUGAAAGUCUAUGCCAAGGAAGACUAUAGUAUUGUCAACAGAUUUGAAAGUCACGGAGGAGGGUGGGGUUACUCCGCCCACUCCGUGGAAGCCGUUCGCUUUUGUGCGGAUACGGACCUCUUCCUGGGCGGCCUUGGCCUCUUUGGGGGCAGGGGAGAGUACACCGCUAAAAUAAAGCUGUUUGAAUUGGGGCCAGAUGGAGGUGACCAUGAGACCGAUGGGGACCUUCUGGCUGAAACAGAUGUCCUGGCAUAUGAUUGCGCUGCAAGGGAAAAGUAUGCCAUGAUGUUUGAUGAACCUGUUCUUCUGCAAGCCAGUUGGUGGUAUGUAGCUUGGGCACGGGUUUCUGGCCCGAGCAGCGACUGUGGCUCCCACGGACAAGCCUCUAUUACUACAGACGAUGGGAUUGUCUUCCAGUUUAAAAGUUCAAAGAAAUCAAAUAAUGGUACAGACGUUAAUGCAGGUCAGAUCCCUCAACUGUUAUACAGGCUGCCAACAUGUGAUGGGAGUGCAUCUAAAGGCAAACAGCAAACCAGUGAGCCAGUGCACAUUUUAAAGCGAUCAUUUGCAAGAACUGUUUCCGUGGAGUGCUUCGAGUCGCUGCUGAGCAUUCUUCACUGGAGCUGGACCACCUUAGUUUUAGGAGUAGAAGAACUUCGAGGACUGAAGGGGUUCCAGUACACGGCCACUCUUCUGGAUUUAGAAAGGCUGCGAUUCGUCGGCACUUGCUGCUUGAGGCUACUGCGUGUCUACACUUGUGAAAUUUACCCUGUUUCAGCCACCACUAAAGCGGUUGUUGACGAAAGCAGCAGGCUGGCAGACUGCAUUGGAAAGACAAGAACCCUGCUGAGAAAAAUUUUGUCGGAGGGGGUCGAUCACUGCAUGAUAAAGCUGGACAACGACCCUCAAGGCUACCUCACUCAGCCCCUGAGCCUCUUGGAAGCUGCCCUGCAGGAAUGCCACAACACCUUCACAGCCUGCUUUCACUCCUUCUAUCCCACCCCAGCCUUACAGUGGGCUUGCCUCUGUGAUUUACUCAACUGCUUGGAUCAGGACAUUCAGGAAGCCAACUUCAAGACUUCAAGCAGCAGGCUUCUGGCCGCUGUGAUGUCAGCAUUGUGCCAUACAUCUGUGAAGCUCACCUCUAUCUUCCCUAUUGCUUACGAUGGAGAAGCCUUGCUGUGUUCGGGAAUAAAACAAGCCAGUACUGAGAAUGAUUCCGCGUUGGCCCAUCGUUUUCCUCUUCUGGUGGCACACAUGGAAAAACUAAGUCAGAGUGAAGAAAAUAUCUCUGGGAUGACAAGUUUUCGUGAGGUCCUUGAGAAGAUGCUGGUGAUUGUAGUAUUGCCAGUCAGAAAUAGCCUCAGACGUGAAAAUGAGCUGUUCUCCGCACACCUGGUUUCUAAUACUUGUGGAUUGCUUGCAAGUAUUGUGAGUGAGCUCACAGCUUCUGCACUGGGGUCUGAGGCUGAUGGACUCAGCUCACUGCAUUCUGUCAAGUCAAGCCCAAACCGAUUUACAAAAACAAGUCAGGGAAGGAGCUGGAAUACUGGAAAUGGGUCCCCUGAUGCUAUAUGUUUCUCUGUGGACAAACCAGGAGUCAUUGUUGUAGGGUUCUCGGUUUAUGGAGGAGGUGGGAUCCACGAAUAUGAACUAGAAGUACUAGUGGACGAUAGUGAUCAUACAGGAGAUUCGACUCAUUCUCAUAGAUGGACAUCUCUAGAAUUAGUGAAAGGAACAUAUACCACAGAUGAUUCCCCAAGUGAGAUUGCAGAAAUUAAACUUGACAAAGUCGUUCCUCUGAAGGAAAACGUGAAAUACGCUGUCCGUUUGAGAAACUACGGGAGUCGCACAGCGAACGGGGAUGGAGGCAUGACCACUGUCCAGUGUCCGGAUGGUGUGAGCUUUACCUUCAGUACUUGCAGUUUGAGCAGCAACGGCACAAAUCAGACCCGGGGUCAAAUUCCACAGAUCCUUUAUUACAGAAGCGAGUAUGACGGAGAUUUGCAAUCACAGCUCUUAAAUAAGGCCAAUGAAGAAGAUAAAAAUUGUAGCAGAGCACUUUCCGUUGUGAGUGCGGUGGUUCGAGCGGCUAAAGAUCUCUUGCACAGGGCUCUUGCUGUAGAUGCUGAGGACAUUCCUGAGCUGCUGAGUUCUUCCAGCCUCUUUUCCAUGCUCCUUCCUCUAAUGAUAGCCCAUAUAGAACCUGUGGCAGCAGCUAUUCCCAAGGUUGCCGUUGAGGUUUUUGGCCUGGUGCAGCAGCUGCUCCCAUCUGUUGCAGUCCUGAAUCAGAAGUACACCCCUCUGGCCUUCAAUCCCAAUCAGUCCACGGACAGCGCCACCGGCAACCAGCCUGAGCAAGGCCUUUCAGCGUGUACCACUUCUAGCCACUAUGCCGUCAUCGAGAGCGAACAUCCGUACAAACCGGCGUGCGUCACCCACUACAAGGUGUCUUUUCCAGAGUGUGUCAGGUGGAUCACAGUAGAGUUUGAUGGCCAGUGUGGAACAGCUCAGUCAGAGGACGUUCUUCGUUUGCUCAUUCCUGCCCGAGCCAUCCAGUUUUCAGGGCUUGGCCCAAAGCAGGCCUCCGUCCACGAAGGCCUAAACUCGUGGAUAGAACUGAAGAAGUUUGCUGGCUCAUCCGGUUGGCCCACCAUGGCGUUAGUGCUGCCAGGUAACGAAGCCCUCUUCUCACUGGAAACCGCAUCAGACUAUGUAAAAGAUGAAAAGGCUACUUUCUAUGGUUUCAAAUGUUUUGCAAUAGGCUAUGAAUUUAGUCCUGGAGCUGAUGAAGGGAUCGUUCAGCUCGAGAAAGAGCUGGCCAAUCUAGGAGGCGCGUGUGCGGCAGCUCUGAUGAAAAAAGAUCUGGCACUUCCCAUUGGCAGUGAAUUGGAGGAAGACCUUGAGAUGCUGGAGGAGGCGGCUCUUCAGGUAUGUAAAUCUCAUUCAGGCAUCCUGGGUAAAGGACUAGCCUUGUCUCAUUCACCGACUAUUUUGGAGGCGCUCGAAGGAACUCUCCCAUUGCAAGUUCAAAGCAACGAACAGUCGUUUCUGGAGGACUUUAUCUCCUGCGUGCCAGGGUCAAGUGGUGGGCGACUUGCGAGGUGGCUUCAACCAGACUCCUAUGCGGAUCCCCAGAAAACAUCCUUGAUCCUAAAUAAAGAUGACAUCCGCUGUGGCUGGCCAACAGUUGUUAUUGUGCAGACCAAGGACCAAUAUGGUGAAGUGGUUCACGUGCCCAACAUGAAGGUGGAAGUCAAGGCGAUACCAGUUUCCCAGAAAAAAAACUCUUUGCAGCAGGAGCAGGCUAAGAAAACGCAGCGCGCCCCGGGCGGCCCUGCUGGGGCUGCUUCCUCUGGCCCUGAGCUGACCUUUGGGGGACUCCCUUCCCCCAAGUUGGAUGCAUCCUACGAGCCUAUGAUCGUGAAGGAAGCACGCUACAUUUCUAUAACAAUGAUGAAGGUAUAUGAAAAUUAUUCUUUUGAAGAGUUACGUUUCGCUUCACCAACACCUAAGAGACCGAGUGAAAACAUGUUAAUACGAGUCAACAAUGAUGGUACUUACUGUGCUAACUGGACACCAGGAGCAGUUGGUCUGUACACCAUUCAUGUUACGAUUGAUGGCAUUGAAAUAGAUGCUGGACUAGAAGUUAAAGUCAAAGAUCCUCCAAAGGGGAUGAUACCACCAGGAACCCAGUUGAUAAAACCAAAAGCUGAGCCUUUGCCAAACAAGGUUCGCAGAUUUGUGGCCAAGGACAGUGCCGGCUUGCGAAUCCGUAGCCACCCAUCCCUUCAGAGCGAACAGAUUGGCUUAGUCAAAGUCAAUGGAUCAAUUACUUUUAUUGAUGAGAUCCACAAUGAUGAUGGAGUGUGGUUACGGCUGAAUGAGGAGACGAUACGGAAAUACGUUCCAAAUCUGAAUGGUUACACUGAAGCCUGGUGCCUUUCUUUUAACCAGCACCUUGGCAAGAGUCUCUUGGUCCCCGCUGAUAGUAUCUUUAAUACUAGCCAAGGAGACAGGGAUUUGGACUUAUAUCCAUGGACACCUAACCCUUUCCCCCCUCAGGAGUCUAGAUCUAAUGCAGGGGACUUUUUCAAAGACCUCAACUCACCCUGUCCUCAGGAAGCAGUCAUGCACGAGCCAGAUACGCCAUUCCUUCGUGGUGGGCCUGGACUGUAUAAGGUAGUGAAGACUGGCCCGUCAGGUCACAACGUCCGAAGCUGUCCCAACCUUAGAGGUAUCCCCAUUGGAAUGUUAGUUCUGGGAAACAGAGUCAAAGCAGUGGGCGAGGUGACUAAUUCUGAAGGGACGUGGGUGCGGAUGGACAAGAACAGCAUGGUAGAGUUCUGUGAGAGUGACGAAGGGGAGGCCUGGUCUUUGGCUCGAGACAGAGGCGGAAACCAGUAUCUCCGUCACGAAGAUGAGCAAGUUCUUGUUGAUCAGAAUGGCCAGACUCCUCCACCAAGCCCUUUCUCGCUGCAGACUUUCCACAGAGGAACAGGAUGUAGUAACGAGCAAGGAUUCGAUUAUGGACUUGGAAACAACAAAGGUGACCAACUGAGCGCCCUAUUGAAUUCCAUUCAGUCACGGCCUAGUCUCCCAGCUCCUUCCAUCUUUGAUCAAGCUGCAAAUCCUCCCUCUUCCCUAAUCCACAGCCCAUUUGUGUUUGGACAGUCCCUUCCCUUCCAGCAACCUCAGCCACAGCUUCAGAGUGACAGGAUGAAUUUUACCGCAGCUGCUAGAUCAGUUUCUCCGGCAGGGAAGUCGGACGGGGCCUCAAAAUACCGAGGGGAAAGCAGGCCUCCCAAAUCUGAUGGACGUUGGAGCCACACAGUGCCAGGCCAGAAGAAGCCUAGGAACACAGAAAGCACGUCUGCCAGUGAGUCUCUGAUGCUGAAAUCGGAUGCUGCCAAGCUGAGGUCGGAUUCCCACAGCAGAUCGUUGUCUCCAAAUCACAACACUCUUCAAACGUUAAGAUCUGAGGGGAGGACGGUGCCUUCCCUUCGGGCAGAAUCCCCGGGCCCGGGAACUCGGGCCUCCUCUCCAAAGACACUGUCAUCGGGGAAAUCCUGCACGUCUGGCGCUGGUUCUCGGCGGUCGUCGUCUCCUCAUGAGAAGCCACUUUCUCAGAAACCCUCCGCUCCAACGAAGACGAAGCUCGAUCCUCCUCGGGAGCGGUCUAAAUCGGAUUCUUACACGCUGGACCCGGAUACUCUUCGCAAAAAGAAGGUGCCUCUAACUGAGCCAAUAAGAGGAAGAUCCACUUCACCUAAACCCAAAAUUCCACCAAAAGAUGGGAAACCUGUGUCUGAAACAGAAAAUAGAGCCCCUUCUCCUCACGUUGUGCAAGAAAACCUUCACAGCGAAGUUGUUGAAGUCUGCACGUCCAGCACCUUGAAAACAAGCAGCGUUACCAACAGCACCUGUGAGGACAACUCUGAAUGUAGGAGCCUGGAUGAAGGCUUGAACAAAGUUCACUUCAGCAUAGGGAAGGCACCUCUGAGAGAGGAGCAGGACACGAGGGCUUCUCCCAAGGUGGGUCGGAAGUGUAUCGCUAGGCACGCCAGGCCCAAGAAGGAGAGAUCGGUCUGCCUGUUCAAGGGCGAGGGAACCCGGUCAGCGGAGCCUGCCAAACCAGCCAUGUCUCCCUCCGUCGCCGAAUGCGCCAGGACCGUCUUUGCAUCCUUCCUAUGGCACGAAGGCAUUGUCCACGACGCCAUGGCCUGCUCCUCAUUUCUGAAGUUUAACCCUGAGCUUUCUAAAGAGCACGCCCCGAUCCGGAGCAAUCUAGGCCAGGCACCUGCCGAAGAAAAAGAAACCAAGCUGAAGAACCGUCACUCCCUGGAAAUAUCCUCCGCGCUAAACAUGUUCAACAUAGCUCCCCACGGGCCUGACAUAUCCAAAAUGGGCAGCAUCAAUAAGAACAAAGUCUUGUCGAUGCUGAAAGAGCCGCCUCUUCACGAGCGCUGUGAGGACGGGAAGCACGAAGCGGCCUCUUUCGACAGCUCCGGCCACCACCCGCUGAAGGCCAAGUCCCCUCUGCCGCUAACGCUGCAGCACCUGGUAGCCUUUUGGGAAGACAUUUCUCUGGCGACCAUCAAGGCGGCUUCCCAGAACAUGAUUUUCCCGAGCCCUGGCUCCUGCGCAGUGUUGAAGAAGAAAGAAAGCGAGAAAGAGAGCAAGAAGUCCAAAAAGGAGAAGAAGAAGAAGGAGAAGGCGGAGGCCAGACCAAGGGGAAACCUCUUUGGGGAAAUGGCUCAGCUUGCAGGGGAGCGUCCGGAGAAAGACACCAUCUGUGAAUUGUGUGGGGAGUCCCACCCGUAUCCGGUGACCUAUCACAUGAGACAAGCACAUCCAGGUUGUGGCCGUUACGCAGAUGGACAGGGCUACAACAGCAUUGGACACUUUUGCGGAGGAUGGGCUGGGAACUGUGGUGAUGGCGGCAUAGGAGGAAGCACAUGGUAUCUCGUCUGUGAUCGCUGCCGAGAAAAGUACCUCCGUGAAAAGCAGGCAGCAGCGAGAGAAAAGGUGAAGCAGUCGAGGAGGAAGCCGGCACAGGUGAAGACCCCCCGGGCCUUGCCCACCAUGGAAGCUCAUCAAGUGAUCAGAGGGAAUGCCCUGUUCUUGCUGGCCUUGAGCAGUGCUGCGGAGCCCUCCAUUUUGUGCUACCACCCAGCCAAGCCAUUCCAGUCCCAGCUUCCCAGUGUUAAGGAAGGCAUUUCCGAGGACUUUCCUGUUAAAAUGCCUUGCCUCUACCUUCAGACGUUAGCGAGGCAUCAUCAUGAAAACUUUGUUGGCUAUCAAGACGACAACCUCUUUCAAGAUGAGAUGAGGUAUUUGCGUUCAACUUCAGUGCCUGCACCUUAUAUAUCUGUUACUCCUGAUGCCAGCCCCAAUGUGUUUGAGGAGCCAGAAAGUAACAUGAAAUCCAUGCCACCAAGUUUAGAGACCAGCCCCAUUACAGAUACAGAUCUCGCAAAACGUACAGUUUUUCAAAGAUCCUAUUCGGUCGUUGCAUCAGAAUAUGACAAACCACAUUCCAUUCUGCCUGCCCGGGUCAAGGCCAUCCCGAGGAGGAGAGUUAACAGUGGAGAUGCAGAAGUGGGGUCCUCUCUUCUGAGACAUCCAUCUCCUGAACUCUCCCGGUUAAUCUCCGCCCACAGCUCUCUUUCCAGAGGAGAGAGAAACUUCCAGUGGCCUGUUCUGGCAUUUGUAAUUCAGCAUCAUGACUUGGAGGGACUUGAAAUAGCCAUGAAACAAGCUUUAAGAAAAUCAGCUUGCCGCGUGUUUGCUAUGGAGGCUUUUAACUGGCUUCUCUGUAAUGUCAUACAAACCACCUCUCUUCAUGAUAUUCUUUGGCAUUUUGUGGCUUCUCUUACUCCAGCCCCAGUGGAAGCUGAGGAAGAAGAGGAUGAGGAAAACAAAGCCAACAAAGAAAAUAUUGAACAAGAAAAGGACACAAGGGUGUGUGAGCAUCCAUUGUCAGAUAUUGUGAUUGCUGGAGAAGCAGCUCAUCCUCUUCCUCACACUUUUCACCGUCUGCUGCAGACCAUCUCUGACCUGAUGAUGUUGCUACCAGGUGGAAGUUCAUUGCAGCAGAUGGCUCUGAGAUGCUGGAGCCUCAAAUUCAAGCAAUCUGACCAUCAGUUUCUGCACCAGAGCAACGUCUUUCAUCACAUCAACAACAUUCUCUCCAAAUCCGAUGACGGAGACAGUGAGGAAAGCUUUAGUAUCAGCAUCCAGUCUGGCUUUGAAGCUUUGAAUCAGGAAUCGUGUAUAGUAAUUUGUCUGAAGGACUUAACUAACAUCGUUGAUAUAAAAACUUCAAGCCGACCAGCCAUGAUUGGUAGUUUGACAGAUGGGUCAACGGAAACCUUCUGGGAAUCAGGCGAUGAAGACAAAAAUAAAACUAAAAACAUUACAAUUAAUUGUAUGAAAGGAAUUAAUGCUCGUUACGUGUCUGUUCAUGUUGACAAUUCACGAGACCUUGGGAACAAAGUGACUUCAAUGACUUUUUUGACCGGAAAAGCAGUAGAGGAUCUUUGCAGAAUAAAACAGGUUGACUUGGAUUCAAGACAUAUUGGCUGGGUAACUAGUGAACUUCCUGGUGGAGACAAUCACAUCCUCAAAAUUGAGUUAAAGGGGCCAGAAAAUACCCUCCGAGUUCGGCAGGUGAAAGUGCUUGGUUGGAAAGAAGGUGAAAGCAUCAAAAUAGCUGGCCAGAUCUCAGCAAGUGUUGCUCAACAAAGGAGCUGUGAAGCUGAGACACUGCGAGUGUUCAGGCUCAUCACAUCGCAGGUCUUCGGCAAACUCAUAUCUGGAGAUGCUGAGCCAACACCAGAACAGGAAGAAAAGGCUUUGCUUUCUUCACCUGAAGGAGAAGAAAAAGUACACAAUGCAACCUCAGAUGCAGACCUGAAAGAACACAUGGUUGGAAUCAUAUUUAGCAGGAGUAAACUCACAAAUUUGCAAAAACAGGUCUGCGCUCAUAUUGUACAAGCCAUCCGAAUGGAAGCCACGCGGGUCCGAGAAGAAUGGGAGCAUGCCAUUUCCAGCAAAGAGAAUGCCAACUCCCAGCCCAGCGAUGAGGACGCGUCCUCCGAUGCUUACUGCUUUGAGCUGCUGUCCAUGGUGCUGGCCCUCAGCGGCUCCAACGUGGGACGUCAGUACUUGGCUCAGCAGCUGACCUUGCUCCAGGAUCUCUUCUCUCUGCUGCAUACGGCUUCUCCCAGAGUGCAGAGGCAGGUCACCUCCUUGUUGAGACGGGUCCUGCCAGAAGUCACUCCCAGCCGCUUGGCUAGCGUCAUAGGAGUCAAAGCACUGCCCCCAGCAGAUAUCAGCGAUAUCAUUCAUUCCACAGAGAAGGGAGACUGGAACAAGCUGGGCAUCUUGGACAUGUUUCUGGGCUGUAUUGCCAAAGCGCUCACUGUUCAGCUCAAGGCCAAAGGCACCACCAUAACUGGCACAGCUGGCACAGCGGCCGGGAAGGGCGUUACUACCGUUACUUUGCCAAUGAUUUUCAAUUCCAGUUACCUUAGACGAGGUGAAAGCCAUUGGUGGAUGAAGGGCUCAACUCCAACACAGAUUUCAGAAAUCAUUAUUAAGCUUGUAAAAGACAUGGCAGCUGGUCACUUGUCUGAAGCUUGGUCCCGUGUGACGAAAAAUGCCAUUGCUGAAACAAUAAUUGCUUUGACCAAAAUGGAAGAAGAAUUCAGAUCCCCCGUGCGCUGCAUCGCAACAACUCGUCUGUGGCUGGCUCUGGCCUCACUGUGUGUCCUUGACCAGGAUCACGUGGACCGACUCUCUUCUGGGAGAUGGAUGGGAAAAGACGGACAGCAGAAACAGAUGCCGAUGUGUGAUAACCAUGAUGAUGGAGAAACGGCGGCAAUUAUCUUAUGCAACAUCUGCGGGAAUCUCUGCACAGACUGUGAUCGAUUCCUCCAUCUUCAUCGACGAACAAAGUCACACCAGCGACAGGUGUUCAAAGAGGAAGAAGAAGCUAUCAAAGUAGACCUUCAUGAAGGCUGUGGUAGGACUAAACUCUUCUGGUUGAUGGCACUAGCGGAUUCUAAAACCAUGAAGGCUAUGGUGGAAUUCAGAGAACAUACAGGCAAGCCCACCACAAGCAGCUGCGAAGUAUGUCGUUUCUGUGGUUGCCGAAAUGGAACAGAAUUAUCAGCCGUCGGGAGCGUCUGUUCGGAUGCCGAUUGCCAGGAAUACGCCAAACUCGCGUGCAGCAAAACCCACCCCUGCGGCCACCCUUGCGGAGGAGUCAGGGGCGAGGAGCGCUGCCUGCCCUGCCUGCACGGCUGCGACAAGAGCGCCACCACCGCCUUAAAGCAGGAUGCCGAUGACAUGUGCAUGAUCUGCUUCACAGAGGCCCUCUCAGCAGCGCCCGCUGUUCAGCUGGACUGUAGCCAUAUAUUCCACUUGCAAUGCUGUUGCCGGGUUCUAGAAAACAGAUGGCUUGGCCCCCGCAUUACUUUCGGGUUCAUGUCCUGCCCCAUUUGCAAGAACAAAAUAAACCAUGUGGUAUUAAAGGAAUUGCUUGAUCCGAUCAAGGAACUUUACGAGGAUGUGAAGAGGAAAGCCUUAAUGCGGUUGGAGUACGAAGGGCUGCACAAGAGCGAAGCCAUCACAACACCUGGAGUUCGGUUUCAUAACGACCCUGCUGGCUUUGCCAUGAACAGAUACGCAUAUUACGUUUGCUACAAAUGCAAGAAGGCUUACUUUGGCGGAGAAGCCCGUUGUGAUGCUGAAGCUGGACAGGGAGAUGACUAUGACCCCCGGGAGCUCAUCUGCGGUGCCUGCUCAGAUGUGUCACGAGCUCAGAUGUGUCCCAAGCACGGAACAGACUUUCUGGAGUACAAGUGCCGCUACUGCUGUUCGGUGGCUGUUUUUUUUUGCUUCGGGACCACCCAUUUUUGCAACGCUUGUCACGACGACUUCCAGAGAAUGACGAGCAUUCCAAAAGAGGACCUUCCACACUGUCCUGCAGGUAGCCUUUUCAGUGCCACCAGCUGCCCCCCUGGGUAGUUGGCGAACUUUCUCCGAGCGCUACCAGUUACAGUGGCGUUCUUCUAGCUGAAGCUUAGGGGCCUCAGAGCAAACUUAUUUUGAUUAAUUUUACCCAAGAAUUUCCAGCGCAGGCCGUGCUGGAUCGGGCGCUUUCAGCUGCGUUUGGGAAAGCUCAUUCAUUGCGGGAAGAA